AUGUUGACAACCACCAACGUUACUUGGCUAGACAUACUAUGCCUUACCGGUGUUACAGCCGGAGUCUAUCUGGUAAAGCAGGUGGUCAUCAAGAAGAAUCCUGCACCAUAUCCACCUGGUCCUCCGGGGUGGCCUCUCAUUGGCAAUAUUAUAGACAUGCCUCGCGUCAAGCCCUGGCUCACGUUUACUGAGUGGGGUGAUAUCACGCAUAUCAAGAUUCUGGGUCGGCACAUCAUUGUGCUGAACUCUGUCAAGGCUGCAAUGGAAACGAUGGACAGUAAAAGCAUUGUGUACUCUGAUCGUCCUGUUCUUCCCAUACUUGGCGAACUUGUUGGCUGGAAGAACGCUUUACCUUUCAUGGCUUAUGGUGACCGUUUUCGCCUGCAGCGCAGGAACUUCCAUCAGGUCAUUGGAACUCGUGCCGCAGCGGAAGUAUACAAUAUGAGCGAGGAGGUUGAAAUUCGCCGGUUUCUGAAGCGCGUGCUUGCAAAACCCGACCAACUGCAGGAGCAUAUUCGACAUACUGUUGGCACUGUCAUUCUGCGCAUCUCUCAUGGUUAUGAAGUGCAAGAGAACAAUGAUCCUUUCAUUGACCUUGCAAACCGCGUUACGACCUAUGCCUCGCAGGCCGCAGCUCCCAGUGCCGUUAUGAUUGAUAUCUUGCCAUUCUUGACAAAGGUCCCCGCUUGGUUCCCUGGUGCUGGCUUCAAGCGCAUGGCACAUAAAGGGCGUGACAACCUUGAAGAGAUGGUUUCUGCACCCCACAAGUUUGUCAAGGACCAAAUGGUUGCCGGCAUCGCCCCUGUGUCUUUUACCUCGACUCUCUUGGAAGGCAGUGAUGUGUCUGCGGAAGAGGAACACGGUGUGAAGUGGUCUGCUUUUUCCCUAAUCACCGGUGGUACCGAUACGACUAUUGCUGCAUUAUACUCGCUUUUUUUAGCUAUGACACUUUUCCCUGAUGUGCAGAAGAAAGCUCAGGCUGAAAUAGACGCAGUUGUCGGUCCUGACCGUUUCCCCACCUUUGCCGACCGCGACUCCCUCCCCUAUACUAAUGCCCUUGUCAAAGAAAUCCUCCGCUGGCAUGUUGUCUCUCCUGCAGCUCUCCCUCACUGUGUGACUAAAGACGAUAUCCAUGACGGGUACUAUAUUCCAAAAGGCUCCAUAAUCUUACCUAACAUUUGGUUCAUGCUCAACGAUCCACGGACAUAUGCUAACCCCUCGCAAUUCAAUCCUGAACGCUUCUUAGCUAAGGAUGGAAAGGAACCCGAGAUGGAGCCUCGCAUAGCCUGCUUUGGAUUCGGUAGACGUAUUUGCCCAGCCCUCCAUCUCGCCGAUGCCUUCAUUUGGAUAUCUACUGCAAUGUCACUGGCUGCGUUUGAUAUUUCAAAGGUCGUCGAGCAUGGCGCCGAGAUCACACCUGAAGUCGAUCCAUCCACAGCUUCAUCCAGCCACCCUAAACCCUUCAAGUGUUCUAUCAAGCCUCGCUCCGCAAUUGCCCUUGAGCUCAUCGAGCAAGAUGCUAACUACUAAGUGCAUGAUGAUGAGACUGGAGACACACGCACUGGAGAAAACAUUCAUGAGAGGUUGUCCCGCCGUCUCUUAUUAUAUUUCUCUAGGGUGUUUCGUGUCUUAGGCAUUGAUAAUAUCUAGUUGUUCUCUUCAAACACUAAUCGUGUUUACGACAUGUCUUAGCUUGUUUUAUGUUCGUUGGGGCGAUGCCCUAUGGUAGACAAAACGUACAAGUAUAUACCAAGUAUAAA